GGCUCCUCUUAAUGAAGGUGCUAACACCCUUACUAAAAAAAGUCACUUUGGUUCUCCAUCUGCAGGCGAUGAUGCUUUUGCAGCAUUUGAGAUUGAUCCAAAUUUGUGAAUCGCAAAGAUGUUCUUGAGGUGAGAAUGAUAGCUUUCUCUCUCCUUCUCUCUUAAGUGAACUUUUGUUGCCCACUAAUAGCCUUCUUAUUUGUAGUGAAUGCAAAAUGAAAUGUCUCAAAUAUCACCAUGCUCUGCGCUCCUUUUCGGCAGCAGGUGAGUCUGUGACAGGUGCUCAAGAACAAUUGCUCGAGGCGAAGUUAAAACUAAGUGGCGACCUGUCUCAAGGUAUUUUUGUGCUUUCCCUAGCUUUGUUUCGUUAUGUUUGUGCUGUUCUGUGAAAAUAUCUCCCUAAUAAUUGCUCAAGUCAGACUACCAACACUUUCCCUUUGUGGUAGCUGUUUAUUUAUGUUUGUGUUGUUCAGUGAAAAUAUAUCCCUGGCUCGCUAAAUUGCUCUUUCUUGGGGUAUAGUUUUGGCCCAGGAGUCCAGGCCCAGCAGCCCAACGAAGGAAGCCUGGCUCGCUAAAGAUAAGCCCAAAGGAGGAAGCCCAGAUCCAAGAAGGGCACAGCCUAGGGAAGAAAAGGGUCUUCCAGACAGGUGGGGCAGGGGGUCUGACACGGGACGCAUAAGACAAAGGACAUGCAACGGUCAGAAGUGUACGAAAAACUGACUAGCUAAUGUCAUGUGUCUCAACCCUCUGAGCGAGGAGUCAGAUGGUCGAGGUGCAUGGCAAUGGGAAGUGUACGGCGCAUUAAUUGCAAAGCUGACGUGGGGCGAAAGUGAAGGAUGUUGAUCGGCCAUGCACUUAGUAUAAAUAGUAAAGUUGGCGAACCUCAUUUACUCAGGUUGGAUCCUCUCACUAAAACUAUUCCCCACUUCUCUCUCUAAAGGCUUUGUUCUAACUUGGGCGUCGGAGUGCUAACGAGCCCCAAAUGGGGUUUGCAGUGCGCCCGUGUGUGCAUGAAGAAGGCGCGUAGCCAUGUCUGAGAGGAAAGAGACUAGGCGCAUAGGGGGGAAGGCAUGAAGUAACGUGGCAUAAAGAAUUGGCGCGCCUGGAAGGGGGAUAUAACCCAGCUUGUAGAAGAGACCAUGGAGAUGGCGGGUGAGAUAAUAGGGGAGAAGGAGCGCGCACCACUAGAGGUUGCUUCCCAAGGAAGGCCCUUAUCUGUCGGAAGAGACGCCCAUGGGAGAUAACGAGUCGGGAGAAAUGGUCUAGUCAGGCGGGGGGGGGGGGGGGACGCUCACUAACUAAGACUUGAUCACUUGAUCCGCAUAAUUGAAGACUAAGAUCAGAAGCUUGAAAUACUCAAAAAGGAAGGAGGCGCUAAAGAAGGGAACGGGCGUUGCACCCCCACUCGGUGCGAAGAGGAAAGAAAGGACUAAGAUGAGGAGGGGAUGUUCAGCGCCCUGAGGCGCAUUGAGGAGAUGGGACAUCUGACCCGACACCUGUCGUCAGACUUCGAUGAGCACAACGGGUGGACGCACAGGCGUACAGGAAGACCGUGGGGCGUGAGACAAUUACUUUAGAAGAUUAUGUCAACGAUUACUUCAUCAAGAUGCAAUUGUACAAUAGCUCUGAUGUCACCUUGUGUCGUGCCUUCCCGUCGAAUUUUACGGGCGUGGAUUGGUACCAUCAGAUUGAGGAGAGAAGGAUCUAUAGCUUUGAGCAGUUUGCGGCGAUGUUCCUCUCGAAGUUUGCCAGCAGGAGGCGCAGGACCCUAACCAUCAGCGCGUUGUUCAAAGUCAGACAGCGGAAGGGCGAGGCGCUCAAGAAUUUCUAUGAGCGAUGGAUGUUAGUGGCCAUGUCGGUCAAGGAUGUCAAGCCCCCCAUCUUGGGAUGUUGCUUGGAUGAAUGUACCACGAGUGAGGAGUUGUGCAGGCGUUGUCAAAGAGGGACGUGGUCUCCACGGAGGACCUGGACCGUAGGGUCCAAAAAGUCAUAAUGUUGGAAGAAACGUUGGCUUCAAGGAGGAUGGACCGUCGGGAGACACAUCCCGAGGAGGUAGACGACUAUCGAGCGCCUCGCGUGCCACACGCCCCCCCCCCCCCCCCCCCCAAUCCACCGACCUAUUCUUUGGGCGCUCGUCGACCUGCACCCCAACGCCUCGUAUCGAGGAGUGGUGGGAAUUUCAUCGAACUCAACGAAUCUCCAAAGAACGUACUGCAGUACGCGAAGGACAAGGGGUAUCAUCUCCGUUGGCCAGGACCCAUGAGAGGGCACCCAAAUGAGCAUAAUCUGGAUAUGUACUACGAGUUCCACCGAGAGAGAGGUCACCAUACGGCCGAUUGCUACCAGCUCAAAUCGGAGAUCCAAGGGCUUAUGGACAGAGGAAUGCUAAGUGAGUUUGUAAGGAAGGAGGAGUAUAAGGCGCAAAGAACCUUAAUUUGGCCCGAUUUUUUUUCUGAAUUUUGUUUACUUUCUAAUAAUAAAAAUAAUAAACGAAAAAAUUAAUUAAAAAUUUUCCCCAAAUUAUAAAUUGGGAGCUCUUUUAAUUAUUUUUUUCGUUUAUUAAUUUUAUUAUUAGAAAGUAAACACAAUUCAGAAAUAAAAAAAAACUAAUUGCUGACGUGGCAAGUAAGGUGGACCUUGGUUGACCAUCUAAUUUGACGGUCAAACCUGCAUUUUGGCCAAAUAAGAAAGUAUGCUACAUAGUUUAGGCCAGAAUAGCAAUUUCCGAUACCACGGACUAAAGUAGAAAGUUUGUCCAAACUAAAUUACUAACCCAUAGAAUUAUAAACUAAAUAGUUGAAGAACACCUUAAAAUCACCACCGGACCCGCGACCACCGGUUAGCCAAAGUUGGGUUGGGCAAUAAAGCGAUUAAGCACACCACCACCAUUCUUUCAUCUCUUAUGCGGGUGCAGAGCAGAGCCACGUUCAGAAACAACCAGACCUACUUAAAUGAAAUCCCCAUCAUCCCUGUUAGUAGACAUGCUUUUACUAAUUCUACUUUUGUUUUGUUUAAUGCCUUUCCAUGGCCACGCACCGGCCUUACGCUGGCUAGAAUUCCUUCCCAGUUCCCCUUCCAAAUGAACUCGUAAUCGGGUACAUAUGAAAGGUCUUUUUAACUACCAGAUGGGCUACUCUAUUAUUACGUCGACCUACAAAAGGCACAGUGGAUGCACUAUGAAGCGCCAAGCCUUGCCCAAUCUCUUCAAGUAAGGCUCCAAUGCGGUUAUCUCUAGUAUCCGACUGAUUGAUUUUCGCAAUAGCCACCAUGGCAUCACCUUCCAAAGUUAUUUCUGUAAAGCCAGACCCCAGGCACCAACCUAAAGCCUCCCGAAGGGUGAGCAUCUCUGCGACCAAAGGAUCAUCAAUGCCAGGGAACUGCGCCCCCUUAGCCAAGAGGAUCUCCCCAACUUAGUUCAUGAUAACCAUACCUCCUGCCCCCAUGAGAGUUACGCUUGAUCGCCCCUUCCCAGUUACAGACAAUUGGAGAAGGGAACACCACCCCCACGGCUGAACAGGAUGGACGGGCAACCGCAUAAUGUUAUCGGCAGGCAAUGCAGUCAAAAUCGCACUUUAAAAUUUAAAAACUUACGAUUUUAUGCUUCUAGGUCACCGAAAUGCUUUCAUUUCCAUAUAAAAUCUUUAGUGCAUAAAAUCAGACUAAAUUGCAGUUUAAUGCUUAAAAACUUAUGAUUUUACGCUUCUAGUUCACCAAAAUGCUUUACGCUUUUACGCUUCGAGUUCACUAAAUGGGUAUUAUUUUCAUGAAAUUAAUUAUCAAAAAUAUAUUUUAAAAGUAAAUCACCAAGAAUAUGAUACAUUUAGGAUUAAAAUAUACAUCCUAGG